UAUGUAUUCCAUCCUUUAUUAGCAAUCAGUAAACAUACAAUCUUGAAGUGAUGAAACUGAUCUGUACCCAAACAUAAAUUCAUCGUAUUUGAGUUAAUAGUAACAAAAUACAUGACAUCGGUCAGUCCCCACCUGUGUACUGCAUGGAAAAAGCAAACUAUGUAACUGAUUCCCUUUGCAUUUAUCACACCCCCACUGAUGCGACUUGUUACCAUAAAAAAAGCAUCAUAAAUACACAACGCAGAAUACAAUGCAGAUAGAGAACAGAUAGAUGGCUCCUGCACAUAGGCUCAGCUCUGAUACAGGGUCCUCCACUUGAAAUAUUAACAUACUCUCGUCUUGUUGAACAAUUCCAUCAUUCUGUUUUAAUUAUAUUGACAAUUUUUUUCCGAACUGACUGUUUUGGAUGUAUGGUGUGUCAACAUUGUGUUUAACAAGGUGUCAUAUAACUAACUAUCUGAUAAUAGCCAGGUGAUAUGCUCAAAGAAAUCUUAACCAAGUUUUGGUGCUAAUAAUAGUUUUAAAGUCCUGCCGGAAAAACUAUAGUGGUUCAGGACAGGAUGUCAUGGUGCUAUGUGUGAGAUUGCAUUGUUCAGGUUGUCAGAGUGUUUCUGUAUAGACACAAAUCAUAUAUUGCCAUUGGUGUCAAUGCCAGACGAUAUUAACCUGAAAGGAGACGGUGGGAAUCAGGUGUGACUGAGAAAUCUGUAUAAUCCAGUGACGAGAGGAAUAGAAGUCUCAUCGUCAGCAGAAAUGUUUCACCCCACACUGCUGGAACACUUGUCCAUUACUCACCACAGCGCCACCAGUGGCAGGAGGACCAAAGCAGUGGGCGCUGUCUGUUCAACCUGGCUUGCCAUUCUGGAGACUCAUCACUCCCGGUCCAGGACACAAGAUUGGUUCCUAAAAGGGAAUUGCCUGCAAUGCAGAGAGUAGAUACCCUGGAGAAUCCUGGCCCAGAGUACAAUGCAUGGAGAGAUCGGAAAUGGACAUUGUGUGACUGUGGGUGGACAGGUGCAGGUGGAUCCGGCCAUGGCGCGUGUUCAGUGGAUCGACCCAAGAUGUUUGGAAGUGUUCACCUCAGUUUAAAAACAAAACACUGUUCUGCUUUAAACCCCAAUUAAUGUUUGACCCUCCUGUUAUUUUUUUUUUUGUUACAGAGCAGCAAAAACUGAAAACUCCUGUCCACAGAAUGGAUCAAGGUUCGAGCAGUGGAGGAGUUCCAGUGGCGUCAACAUCAGGAAAGGACACGGGUUCGAGCUCAGUGAUCACCGAGCUCCUGUCAAACUGUGACGAUUCCCAGCUGCUGCAGUUGACGGAUAUCUACCGGGACAGGCUGGAGCAGGCGAUGGAAGGAGGGGUGCACGGAGUGAGCCUGGCGUUAACGGCCGAGAAUCAGUUCAGUGGAGAGGAACAUCGGAAAAUCUCUGAUCUCGCUGAUAAGGGAGAGCGGGCGGACAGUUCUAAACUCCUCCUGAGCCUGGUGAUGGAGAAAGGCUCCCGCGCCCGGAGGGUGAUGUGGGAAACCUUUGUGAAAAUGCGGAUUGGUGUCCCAAAGCUGGACAGAAUACUGAAGGAAUUACAGAUAUAUGGUUGUGAUCCUUCCCAUCGACCAAUUUCCGCUCAACUUUUACUAAAGGUUCUCAGUGAGCUGAAAGAUGUUCAACAGAAACACAAGGAGACUCUGCGGGCAAAAACUGAAACACUGAGAGUGAACACGAUCCUGAUGAGGGAGAAGGUGAAGGUUUUCCAGCUGGUUGAUCGAUACGCUGAGCUCACGGUCAUUUCUACUGUUCGAGAUCGGAGACUGGUGGAGCAUGAGCUGCUGGCAAGAGGCAGAGACCACGAGGAGUGGAGAGAAAAACAUCUCUGCGGAGAGCUGGAGAAACUCCAGAUGGAUCAGUUGUUCCAGAGCAGGUUUUCCCAAACUAACUCCAAAUCUGGGAGUUCGGCAGCAGUGGCCGGAGUCCCGGGGAUCGGGAAAACAACAAUGGUACAAAAGAUUGUUUACGACUGGGCCACGGGGAAAAUAUACCAACAGUUCCAGUUUGUCUUCAGUUUCAAAUUCCGCGAUUUAAACUCCAUUAACUGUAGAAUAAACCUGAAGGAACUGAUUCUGGAUCAGUAUCCUUACUUUGGGAAUAUCCUGAGAGAGGUCUGGAAGAACCCAGAGGGAUCGCUGUUUAUAUUUGAUGGUUUGGAUGAAUUCAAUGACCAAAUUAAUUUUUCUGACCGUCGGAGAGACACGGAAACUCGGUCCACAUGCACAGAUCCAGAUUUCAAGUGCAAGGUGUCUGACAUUGUGUACAGUUUAAUCCAGGGCAAGCUGCUCCCAGGGUGUUCAGUGCUGGUGACCACCCGUCCCACUGCGUUACAUUUAUUGGAAAAGGCUGAGAUCGGUACCGAAGCUGAAAUCCUGGGAUUUUCAGGUGAGGAACGGAAGGAAUAUUUCAUCAGACAUUUUGAAGAUCAGACGGUGGCGGAAGCUGUUUUCAAACACGUGAAGGAGAACGAGAUCCUGUACACCAUGAGCUACAACCCCUCCUACUGCUGGAUCCUCGCCCUGGCACUGGGCCCCUUCUUCACACAAAGAGUCAGGGACCCGCAGCGAGUUCCCAAGACCAUCACCCACCUGUACUCCUACUAUAUUUACAACAUCCUGAAAAACCACGGCCGUGAGAUUGAGAACCCCCGUGAUGUGUUACUCAGGGUUGGUCAGAUGGCCUUCAGAGGAGUGUCCGAGAGGAAGAUUGUGUUUACAGAUGGAGAUUUGAUCAACUACAAACUGCAGCCUUCCCAGUUCCUGUCCGGGUUCCUGAUGGAGCUUUUGGAGAGAGAGGAUUCUGCCCGGAGCGUGGUGUACACAUUCCCACACCUCACCAUCCAAGAGUUUGUAGCUGCAGUCGCACAAUUCCUGAUCCCAGAUGGCAGAGAUAUUACGAAACUCCUCACUGAAGCCCACUGUGUGAAGGAUGGGCGGUUUGAGGUAUUUCUCCGUUUUGUUGCUGGUCUCUCCAACCCAAUGGCAGCUCGGGGCCUGGAGGAGUUCCUGGGUCCAUUUCCUCAUGAAACAACCUGCCGGGUGAUUGACUGGGUGAAGGAGGAGGUUAAACGCCAGAGUGGAAACACAAGGAGUGAAGCUGGUAAAAGGAGCCUCCUGAACACAUUGCACUACCUGUUUGAGUCUCAGAAUCGUGGACUGGCUCAGGCCGCUCUGGGAUCUGUGGAAACACUUUCAUUCAGUGGAAUGACACUGACCCCAAUUGACUGCGCGGUCCUGUCUCAUGUCAUCGGACUCUGUGAUACAAUAAAACACCUCGACCUGGAGAACUGCCACAUUCAGUAUGAGGGAAUACAGCGGCUGGGACCCGGGCUGCACAAGUGCCAGGAGUUGAGACUUGGGCGGAAUGACCUGGGAGAUUCAGGAGUGAAACUGGUGUCUGCGGCUCUGAGGAAUCCGGAGUGUAAAAUACAGAUACUGUGGCUGAGCCAUGUCGGUCUCACAGAUUCUGGUGCCGAGGAUCUCGUCUCCGCUCUCAGUACAAACACAUCACUGACGGAUCUGAACCUGGGAUACAACUCUCUGACAAACCGAUCUAUCCCCGCUCUCCGCCGCCUCAUCCUGACCCUCCAGAGUCUGGAGCUGAUCGUGUGAGUGUUUGUGUUAAUGUUCAAUGUGAUAAAAUAUCAGCGGAUCCGCGGGUUUUCUGGUGAUAUUUGUCUGUGAGUGUUGUUGAAACAUUAACCCCGGUCCCCUGUUACUGACACUGUUGUGUGAUCUGUUUAUUUCAUCUUUAUUCUCCCAUCUGUUUCAGGCUGGGGGGGAAUCGGUUCAGUGGGACCGGGAUGAAGGAACUGAGAUCUCUGUGGGGAGUCAGACCCGGACUGAUGGUGGAUCUGUGAACAUCUGAAUGUGGGGAAUCGGUUCAGUGAGACCGGGAUGAAGGAACUGAGAUCUCUACAGGAACCCAGACCCGGACUGAUGGUGGAUCUGUGAACAUCUGAAUGUGGGGAAUCGGUUCAGUGAGACCGGGAUGAAGGAACUGAGAUCUCUACAGGAACCCAGACCCGGACUGAUGGUGGAUCUGUGAACAUCUGAAUGUGGGGAAUCGGUUCAGUGAGACCGGGAUGAAGGAACUGAGAUCUCCACAGGGACCCAGACCCGGACUGAUGGUGGAUCUGUGAACAUCUGAAUGUGGGGAAUCGGUUCAGUGAGACCGGGAUGAAGGAACUGAGAUCUCUACAGGAACCCAGACCCGGACUGAUGGUGGAUCUGUGAACAUCUGAAUGUGGUGAAUCGGUUCAGUGAGACCGGGAUGAAGGAACUGAGAUCUCUACAGGAACCCAGACCCGGACUGAUGGUGGAUCUGUGAACAUCUGAAUGUGGGGAAUCGGUUCAGUGAGACCGGGAUGAAGGAACUGAGAUCUCUACAGGAACCCAGACCCGGACUGAUGGUGGAUCUGUGAACAUCUGAAUGUGGUGAAUCGGUUCAGUGAGACCGGGAUGAAGGAACUGAGAUCUCUACAGGAACCCAGACACGGACUGAUGGUGGAUCUGUGAACAUCUGAAUGUGGUGAAUCGGAUCAGUGAGACCGGGAUGAAGGAACUGAGAUCUCUACAGGAACCCAGACCCGGACUGAGAGUGGAUCUGUGAACAUCUGAAUGUGGUGAAUCGGUUCAGUGAGACCGGGGAGAAGGAACUGAGAUCUCUACAGGAACCCAGACCCGGACUGAGAGUGGAUCUGUGAACAUCUGAAUGUGGGGAAUCGGUUCAGUGAGACCGGGAUGAAGGAACUGAGAUCUCUACAGGAACCCAGACCCGGACUGAUGGUGGAUCUGUGAACAUCUGAAUGUGGGGAAUCGGUUCAGUGAGACCGGGGAGAAGGAACUGAGAUCUCUACAGGAACCCAGACCCGGACUGAUGGUGGAUCUGUGAACAUCUGAAUGUGGGGAAUCGGUUCAGUGAGACCGGGAUGAAGGAACUGAGAUCUCUACAGGAACCCAGACCCGGACUGAGAGUGGAUCUGUGAACAUCUGAAUGUGGGGAAUCGGUUCAGUGAGACCGGGAUGAAGGAACUGAGAUCUCUACAGGGAGUCAGACCCGGACUGAUGGUGGAUCUGUGAACAUCUGAAUGUGGGGAAUCGGUUCAGUGAGACCGGGAUGAAGGAACUGAGAUCUCUACAGGAACCCAGACCCGGACUGAGAGUGGAUCUGAACAUCUGAAUGUGGGGAAUCGGUUCAGUGAGACCGGGAUGAAGGAACUGAGAUCUCUACAGGAACCCAGACCCGGACUGAUGGUGGAUCUGAACAUCUGAAUGUGGUGAAUCGGUUCAGUGAGACCAGGAUGAAGGAACUGAGAUCUCUACAGGGAGUCAGACCCGGACUGAUGGUGGAUCUGUGAACAUCUGAAUGUGGUGAAUCGGUUCAGUGAGACCGGGAUGAAGGAACUGAGAUCUCUACAGGAACCCAGACCCGGACUGAUGGUGGAUCUGUGAACAUCUGAAUGUGGGGAAUCGGUUCAGUGAGACCGGGAUGAAGGAACUGAGAUCUCUACAGGAACCCAGACCCGGACUGAUGGUGGAUCUGUGAACAUCUGAAUGUGGGGAAUCGGUUCAGUGAGACCGGGAUGAAGGAACUGAGAUCUCUACAGGGAGUCAGACCCGGACUGAUGGUGGAUCUGUGAACAUCUGAAUGUGGUGAAUCGGUUCAGUGAGACCGGGAUGAAGGAACUGAGAUCUCUACAGGAACCCAGACCCGGACUGAUGGUGGAUCUGUGAACAUCUGAAUGUGGGGAAUCGGUUCAGUGAGACCGGGAUGAAGGAACUGAGAUCUCUACAGGAACCCAGACCCGGACUGAUGGUGGAUCUGUGAACAUCUGAAUGUGGUGAAUCGGUUCAGUGAGACCGGGAGGAAGGAACUGAGAUCUCUGCAGGAACCCAGACCCGGACUGAUGGUGGAUCUGUGAACAUCUGAAUGUGGUGAAUCGGUUCAGUGAGACCGGGAUGAAGGAACUGAGAUCUCUACAGGAACCCAGACCCGGACUGAGAGUGGAUCUGUGAACAUCUGAAUGUGGGGAAUCGGUUCAGUGAGACCGGGAUGAAGGAACUGAGAUCUCUACAGGAACCCAGACCCGGAUUGAGAGUGGAUCUGUGAACAUCUGAAUGUGGUGAAUCGGUUCAGUGAGACCGGGAUGAAGGAACUGAGAUCUCUACAGGAACCCAGACCCGGACUGAUGGUGGGUCUGUGAACAUCUGAAUGUGGUGAAUCGGUUCAGUGAGACCGGGAUGAAGGAACUGGGAUCUCUACAGGAACCCAGACCCGGACUGAGAGGGGAUCUGUGAACAUCUGAAUGUGGUGAAUCGGUUCAGUGAGACCGGGAUGAAGGAACUGAGAUCUCUACAGGAACCCAGACCCGGACUGAUGGUGGAUCUGUGAACAUCUGAAUGUGGGGAAUCGGUUCAGUGAGACCGGGAUGAAGGAACUGAGAUCUCUACAGGAACCCAGACCCGGACUGAGAGUGGAUCUGUGAACAUCUGAAUGUGGUGAAUCUGUUCAGUGAGACCGGGAUGAAGGAACUGAGAUCUCUACAGGAACCCAGACCCGGACUGAGAGUGGAUCUGUGAACAUCUGAAUGUGGGGAAUCGGUUCAGUGAGACCGGGAUGAAGGAACUGAGAUCUCUGCAGGAACUCAGACCCGGACUGAUGGUGGAUCUGUGAACAUCUGAAUGUGGAGAAUCGGUUCAGUGAGACCGGGAUGAAGGAACUGAGAUCUCUACAGGAACCCAGACCCGGACUGAUGGUGGAUCUGUGAACAUCUGAAUGUGGUGAAUCGGUUCAGUGAGACCGGGAUGAAGGAACUGAGAUCUCUACAGGAACCCAGACCCGGACUGAUGGUGGAUCUGUGAACAUCUGAAUGUGGUGAAUCGGUUCAGUGAGACCGGGAUGAAGGAACUGAGAUCUCUACAGGAACCCAGACCCGGACUGAUGGUGGAUCUGAACAUCUGAAUGUGGUGAAUCGGUUCAGUGAGACCGGGAUGAAGGAACUGAGAUCUCUACAGGAACCCAGACCCGGACUGAUGGUGGAUCUGUGGACAUUUGGCCUUUAACCUUGAUCUUACCUGGAACCCAGACCCGGACUGAUGGUGGAUCUGAAUGUGUGAACAUCCCCGCCCGCGGGAUGGGGACAUUUGGCCGACUCCCCGCCCUCCCCUUUAACUCCCGCCCUUACCUUUAACGGCCGCGCGCCUGGUUCAACUUUCAACGGUUUUAACGGAACCGGCUCGGGCCUCGCGCUGUGUGCGUCGCUCGCAGCGGUCCCGCAGUGACGUGUUUCCGCCUGCUGUCCGGCGGGGCAGCUUCCGCCGGAAGUGCGUGUUGGAGUCUCCCCACGUGGCACCCCGGGGAAUUACCCGGACAGGAAGAGCCCGGGGUCCGGGGCUCAGUCUGGGACACCGGUGUCCCGGGGUGGGGGGGAUGGUCCCGGGAGAGAAUCCUUUUGCCCCCUUUGCUGAGGACGGUGCAUUCGGCAGCCUGGCCGAUAUAAUGAUGUUAAAUGGACAAAUCCCCCGGCAGUGACCCUGGAUCUGCAGCGAUCCCGGACACGGCCCUGAAGUGUGAUUUUAUAAUCAUCGGUUCCCCGGUUCAGAGUGACGGUGAGAAACGGGACUGAUUAUUCAACCGGUCACUCCUUGUCGCCGGUCAGUUAAUUGUGUGUGACUGUGAGUGAGUCGGGAGCAGCUUAUUUAUUCCCGCACGUCAGCAGCUCACACAUUGUUUCAUUUACAUUUGUAAAUUUACUCACACCCGGGACCAGCCACAGAGAGAAUUGUCCUCCACACGGUCACAUCACACACUCCCGGGGUCAGACACAGAGUGAAUCUCCCUCCACACCGUCCCAUCACACACUCCCGGGGUCAGACACAGAGUGAAUCUCCCUCCACACCGUCCCAUCACACAAUCCCGGGGUCAGACACAGAGUGAAUCUCCCUUCGCACCGUCCAUCACACACUCCCGGGGUCAGACACAGAGUGAAUCUCCCUCCACACCGUCCCAUCACACACUCCCGGGUUCAGACACAGAGUGAAUCUCCCUCCACACCGUCCCAUCACACACUCCCGGGGUCAGACACAGAGUGAAUCCCCCUCCACACCGUCCCAUCACACACUCCCGGGGUCAGACACAGAGUGAAUCUCCCUCCACACCGUCCCAUCACACAGUCCCGGGGUCAGACACAGACUGAAUCUCCCUCCACACCGUCCCAUCACACAGUCCCGGGGUCAGACACAGACUGAAUCUCCCUCCACACCGUCCCAUCACACAGUCCCGGGGUCAGACACAGAGUGAAUCUCCCUCCACACCGUCCCAUCACACAGUCCCGGGGUCAGACACAGACUGAAUCUCCCUCCACACCGUCCCAUCACACAGUCCCGGGGUCAGACACAGAGUGAAUCUCCCCCCACUCCGUCCCAUCACACACUCCCGGGGUCAGACACAGAGUGAAUCCCCCUCCGCACCGUCCCAUCACACACUCCCGGGGUCAGACACAGAGUGAAUCCCCCUCCGCACCGUCCCAUCACACUCUCCCGGGGUCAGACACAGAGUGAAUCUCCCUCCGCACGGUCACAUCACACACUCCCGGGGUUAGACACAGAGUGAAUCUCCCACCACACCGUCCAAUCACACACUCCCGGGGUCAGACACAGAGUGAAUCUCUCUCCACACCGGCCCAUCACACACUCCCAGGGUCAGACACAGAGUGAAUCUCUCUCCACACCGUCCCAUCACACACUCCCGGGGUCAGACACAGAGUGAAUCUCCCUCCACACCAUCCCAUCACACACUCCCGGGGUCAGACACAGAGUGAAUCUCCCUCCUCACCGGCCCAACACAAACUCCCGGGGUCAGAAACAGAGUGAAUCUCCCUCCACACCGUCCGAUCACACACUCCCGGGGUCAGACACAGAGUGAAUCUCCCUCCUCACCGUCCCAUCACACACUCCCGGGGUCAGACACAGAGUGAAUCUCCCUCCGCACGGUCACAUCACACACUCCCGGGGUCAGACACAGAGUGAAUCUCCCUCCGCACGGUCACAUCACACACUCCCGGGGUCAGACACAGAGUGAAUCUCCCUCCACACCGUCCCAUCACACACUCCCGGGGUCAGACACAGAGUGAAUCUCCCUCCGCAAGGUCACAUCACACACUCCCGGGGUCAGACACAGAGUGAAUCUCCCUCCGCACGGUCACAUCACACACUCCCGGGGUCAGACACAGAGUGAAUCUGCCUCCGCACGGUCACAUCACACACUCCUGGGGUCAGACACAGAGUGAAUCUCCCUCCACACCGUCCCAUCACACACUCCCGGGGUCAGACACAGAGUGAAUCUCCCUCCGCACGGUCACAUCACACACUCCCGGGGUCAGACACAGAGUGAAUCUCCCUCCACACCGUCCCAUCACACACUCCCGGGGUCAGACACAGAGUGAAUCUCCCUCCGCAAGGUCACAUCACACACUCCCGGGGUCAGACACAGAGUGAAUCUCCCUCCGCACGGUCACAUCACACACUCCCGGGGUCAGACACAGAGUGAAUCUGCCUCCGCACGGUCACAUCACACACUCCUGGGGUCAGACACAGAGUGAAUCUCCCUCCACACCGUCCCAUCACACACUCCCGGGGUCAGACACAGAGUGAAUCUCCCUCCACACCGUCCCAUCACACGCUCCCGGGGUCAGACACAGAGUGAAUCUCCCUCCACACCGUCCCAUCACACACUCCCGGGUUCAGACACAGAGUGAAUCUCCCUCCACACCGUCAAAUCACACACUCCCGGGGUCAGACACAGAGUGAAUCUCCCUCCACACCGUCCCAUCACACACUCCCGGGGACAGACACAGAGUGAAUCUCCCUCCACACCGUCAAAUCACACACUCCCGGGGUCAGACACAGAGUGAAUCUUCCUCUGCACCGUCCCUUCACACACUCCCAGGCUCAGACACAGAGCGAAUCUCCCUCCACACCGUCCCAUCACACUCUCCCGGGGUCAGACACAGAGUGAAUCUCCCUCCACACCGUCCAAUCACACACUCCCGGGGUCAGACACAGAGUUAAUCUUCCUCUGCACCGUCCCAUCACACUCUCCCGGGGUCAGACACAGAGUGAAUCUCCCUCCACACCGUCCCAUCACACACUCCCGGGGUCAGACACAGAGUGAAUCUCCCUCCACACUGUCCCAUCACACACUUGCAAUGCCAAACACACAGUGAAGCUCCGUCUGCACCAUUCCAUCACUCAAUGAAUUCCACCCUGCAAAGUCGCAUUUCAAGGAAGCAGACACCAUCAAUUUACGGGAGACUCCCGGGAGAGGUGGGAUGUCUGCAAGAGAGUAGCUCCUUAGCGGCCAGCCAGCUAGUUUAAAUAGCGUUAGCUAUGCGAAUGAACGAAUGACACCCGUUAAACUCACCUCAACAGUGAUUUAAUCCCCCAUGGGCAAUAGAGAAGUCACUGUUGCAAACAGUGCAGCAAGCCACAUUGUCAUUAUUCCUGACCCCUAUUAGGCAGGGGAACACUUCAGUGUAGUCUGGGGUGAAGUACGUUUUGUAUUUUCUUUUUUUUUUAAAUACUCUGCCAUGGAGCGCUCCCUCCCUCUCCCUCCCCCUCUCAAAAAAUCGAUUUGCGGGAGAUUGUAUAUAAUUCGCGGGCCUCAGGGAGCUGCUAUCAAUAUGCGGAAGACUCCCGGAACUUCCGGGAGAGAUGGGAUGUCCGACGCUUCACUUGAAAUGGCCGCUGGGGAGGGAGUGACGGCUUUGGUAGAAGUGAGCGCAAGAGAGGGAGGGUCGCGCUGAUUUAAAAUGGGCGAAUCCUUGGUUGAUGUGGCCGCCAGGGAUGGAGUGAGACACUGACUUACAAUGGCCACUGUCACGCACAGCAUCUAUGGCGGAGGAAGAUGCGGUGCCCAUGGAUACAAUCCCGGGACAGAGUGUGUUAUUGAUUGUAAUAACAGCAUUUUAAUUUGUGUUUUAUAUUGUCUUGGGUGUUGUACAUAUGUUUUAAGUCCAAUAAUUUUGUCGUUGAAUAAACUAAUGUAUAUAUCUGA